AUUAAUCAUUGGAAAUCAUGGGAAUUUCUCAACUUUCAUUUCACUCCAACGACGCCAAUGGUUCCUUGUGGAGCAAACCGAUGGAUGCAAAUGGCGAGAGAAGAUCGAAGUCAAGGCCAAGAACCAGAAGUGUUUUGACGAAGAAAAGGGCAGUUCGUGAAGGUUCUAGAAGGGUCGUCGUCAACCCGAUCCAGAAGAAGGUGAAAACCCUGAGAAGGUUGAUCCCCGGCAAGGAUUCAAUGGGCUUGGAGGGGCUCUUCAGGGAAACAGCUGAAUAUAUAUUGUGUUUGCAGAUGAGAGUCAAAGUUAUGCAGAUUUUGGUUCAAGUUUUGACAGAGGAGUGAAUACAUUUGUAAAGGUUGAUAAAAUCUUAAUUCUUCUCGGGAUAGAAACAUUCUAC